CUCUCAGUGACCGCACAGCUUUGGUCCAGGGGGCCACAGGUAGCAGGAGGUAUCGAUGGACCACCGAGAGAAAGGUUCAGCUGGCAUCUGGACAGGACCCAAAGGGACCCCCCUACAAGUCCUAGCCCUAAAACUGGAAGAGGAAUACCGCCUGUUUGAAUCCGAGCCCUCUAAGUGGCCACCACAAGGGAUGCAGGACUGGUUGAGGGAAUUUCCCUCAGCAUGGGCAGAGUCUGGCGGCUUGGGGCUGGCUCACGACCAACCCCCACUAGUUAUUCAGUUAAAAGCCUCCACCACUCCUGUUUCAAUCAAACAGUAUCCCAUGUCCCGGGAAGCCCACGAGGGCAUUAAACCACACAUCUGGAGGCUCUUGGACCAGGGGGUACUUGUGCCCUGUUGAUCCCCUUGGAAUACCCCCCUCCUGCCUGUAAAAAAACCUGGGACAGGGGAUUACAGACCGGUUCAAGACCUGAGGGAGGUUAAUAAAUGGGUUGAAGAUAUACACCCCACAGUGCCAAACCUCUACAACCUCCUCAGCACUCUUCCACCAACCCACGUUUGGUAUACGAUACUGGACUUGAAGGAUGCCUUCUUCUGUUUGAGAUUGCACCCCCAGAGCCAACUGCUGUUUGCUUUUGAAUGGAGAGACCCAGAGAUGGGACUUUCAGGACAGUUGACCUGGACUCGGCUCCCCCAGGGGUUUAAAAACAGCCUGACCCUCUUUGAUGAAGCCUUACACUCAGACCUAGCCGAGUUCCGGGUCAAACAUUCGGCCUUAAUCUUGCUCCCAUAUGUGGAUGACCUCCUCCUAGCAGCCAGAACCCAGGCUGAAUGUCUGAGAGGCACUCGGGCCCUUUUGGCUAAACUGGGACAGAAGGGCUAUCGGGCUUCAGCCAAGAAGGCCCAGAUUUGUCAAAGCAAAGUCAUUUACCUGGGUUACGCCCUAGAGGGAGGACAGAGAUGGCUCACGGAAGCAAGGAAGGAGGCCAUAAUCUCCAUACCCCCUCCAAAGAACCCCCGCCAGGUGAGGGAGUUCCUGGGUACAGCCGGCUACUGCCGCCUCUGGAUCCCAGGUUAUGCUGAGAUGGCUGCCCCUCUGUAUCCUCUCACCAAGCCCGGGACCAUGUUCCACUGGGGAGAGGAGCAACAACAGGCCUUUCAACGAAUUAAGAGAAUCUUACUUGAGUCAUCAGCUCUUGGCCUACCAGAUCUGACUAAGCCCUUUGAACUGUUCGUGGACGAGAACUCAGGCUUUGCAAAAGGAGUACUGGUACAGAGACUGGGGCCAUGGAAGAGACCUGUAGCUUAUCUAUCCAAGAAAUUAGACCAGGUAGCUGCAGGAUGGCCCCCCUGUCUGCGCAUGGUAGCCGCCAUUGCUGUUUUGCUCAAGGAUGCAGGGAAACUGACUUUGGGACAGCCAUUAACUGUGUUAUCCUCCCAUGCGGUGGAAGCUCUGGUCCGGCAGCCCCCAGAUAGAUGGCUCUCAAAUUCCAGGAUGACCCACUACCAGGCUCUGUUGUUAGACACAGACCGAGUGGUGUUCGGACCAGUUGUCUCCCUCAACCCCGCAACCCUGCUGCCCUUGCCAGACCCAUCCGAGGAGCACAAUUACCUCCAGAUUCUGGCGGAGGCCCACGGCACCCGCUCUGACCUAACAGAUCAACCGCUGUCGAACCCAGAUUUUAUCUGGUUCACGGAUGGGAGCAGCUUCCUCCAAGAAGGAGAACGGAGGGCCGGAGCAGCCGUUACCACCGAAUCAGAGGUAGUUUGGGCCUCACCGCUGCCGCCUGGAACAUCGGCCCAAAGAGCAGAGCUGAUCGAGCUGACCCAGGCCCUCCGGAUGGCGGAAGGUAAGAGACUCAGGGUCUAUACCGACAGCAGAUAUGCCUUCGCCACUGCCCAUGUACAUGGAGAAAUCUACAGAAGAAGAGGCCUCUUGACCUCGGAGGGUAAGGAAAUUAAGAACAAAAAGGGAAUUUUAGACCUCUUAAGGGCAUUGUUCCUCCCACAUCAGCUCAGCAUUAUACAUUGUCCCGGGCACCAAAAGGAUGACUCUGUCGUAGCACGGGGAAAUCGGCUGGCUGAUCUGACAGCCCGGACAGUCGCCUUACAAUUCCCUAGGGGCGACCAGCUGUUGGUCUUGCAGGACCAACAGCCAAGCAGAGACCCCAUGCCCUACAGCCGGGAGGACCAGGAACUAGCAAAGAAAAUGGGGGCGGAAUGGAGCCCUGAGCGACAAGCUUAUAUAAUGGAUAACAAAUUAGUUAUGCCAACCUCCCAUACCAAAUACAUGCUCAAGUUUCUCCACGCGCUAACCCAUUUAAGCAAAAACAAGAUGAGGGCCCUUCUGGCUGAUGAGGCUUCGGACACUGUGUUAUUGAAUCAGGAACAGGUCCUCCAACAGGUGGCUUCCAACUGCCCUGCUUGUGCCCAAGUUAAUCCAGGAAAAGCCCAUCUGAGCAGAGGGUGCCGCCUGCGAGGUCACCGCCCCAGAGUCCAUUGGGAACUUGACUUCACCGAGGUAAAACCCGGACUGUAUGGAUAUAGAUACCUUCUGAUUUUUGUAGACACAUUUUCAGUGUGGACAGAGGUCUUCCCUACCAAGAAGGAGACCGCUAAUGUGGUAACCAAGAAACUCCUGGAGGAAAUUUUUCCCAGGUAUGGAAUGCCCCAGAUAUUGGGGUCAGACAAUGGGCCCGCCUUCGUCUCCCAGGUAAGUCAGAAGAUGGCCAGGCUACUGAGGAUUGAUUGGAAACUCCAUUGUGCAUACCGCCCCCAGAGCACAGGACAGGUAGAACGUGCAAAUAGAACCAUUAAGGAGACUUUAACCAAAUUAACGCUUGCAACUGGCCCUAGAGAUUGGGUGCUCCUACUCCCUCUAGCCCUUUACUGAGCCCGGAAUACUCCUGGGCCUCAUGGCCUAACCCCGUUCGAGAUUAUGUAUGGGGCUCCCCCACCAAUUGUAAAUUUCCUUCACCCUGAUAUCUCCUCUUUUGCCACUAGCCCUACCCUGGAGGCGCACCUCCAAGCCCUCCAACUGGUACAAAAGACGGUGUGGAAACCCCUGGCCGAUGCCUACUGGGAGCAACUGAAUCGCCCGGUGGUGCCUCACCCAUUCAAGAUUGGGGACUCUGUCUGGGUCCGACGCCAUCAAUCCAGGAACCUAGAGCCGAGGUGGAAAGGACCAUACACCGUCCUGUUAACUACUCCCACCGCACUCAAGGUUGACGGGAUAGCGGCUUUGGUCCACGCGUCGCAUGUGAAGGCUGCCAAGGAACCCGACGAAGCUGAGAGCACCGAGACAUCAACAUGGAAAGUUCAACGCUCUCCAAACCCACUAAAGAUAAGACUCACCCGGGGGUCCCCUUGAUCCCCCUAAUAGUCCUCCUGACAUUAGGAGGGGCAUCACCAGAGAGCCCCCACCUGGUUAAGAAAGUUACCUGGCAGGUCAUUUCCCAAACUGGGGACGUAGUCUGGUCCACGACUGCUCAACACGCUCCUAACACAUGGUGGCCCUUCUUGACUCCCAAGAUAUGCGACCUAGUCGCUAGGCUGGAUACCUGGGAUAUCCCCGAGUACACCCACACCAAUAGGCCCUCUGUCCUAAAUGCAGACCACAACAAUGUUAUGUCUUGAAAGAAACGGGCCAUACAGACUGAGGUUACAGCCCAAGGACAACAUAUUGCCG